UUCAACUCGUUGAAAAGCCCUCCCGGGGAGGCGUACCGAUGAAUGGGGCACUAAAGAAGAGUCAUCUGCAGCGGGUUAUGCUGCAAAGAAUGGGUUCAUUCACAUCGGCACCGCAGAUAAAGAAUGUGGACUACCAAGAUGAUAAGCUGGAAAUCACUGAGGGCAUGUCCGUGCCGGAUCUGGUUGAGUACUGCCGGUUAGCGCGUGGUGACGAUCGUCCACCGUUGGUCAAGCGAAAGUUCCUGAAACCGAUCGAUCGGAUGAACGGGAGCGAUCUUACAGAUGGUUUCAAGAUGCUGCAAUUAGAUGCAAUAUCGAAGACAUGCAGUAAACCAUCUCUCACAGCCACCCAGCUACGGAUAUUCCAAUGGAACAUGCUCUCACAAACGCUCGGCAUGCACAACGACGGUUUCGUACGGUGCCCGCUGGAAGCACUAACAUGGGAUUGCCGACGAUAUCAGCUUAUUGAGGAAAUCAUUCAAAAUGACCCUGACAUCAUUUGCCUGCAGGAGGUGGAUCACUUUAAAUUUCUGCAAAAGAUUCUCCACACGCAGAACUACGAGGGUGUUUUCUUUCCGAAGCCCGACUCACCUUGCUUGUACAUCAACGGCAACAACGGUCCGGAUGGGUGCGCCGUGUUUUACAAAAAGGAUCGCCUGGAAAUGAUCAACCACUUCACUCGGGUGCUAGAGGUUUGGCGCGUACAAAGCAACCAGGUAGCGAUAGCAGCCGUGCUGCGGACACGAGAUACACAGCAGGAGAUAUGUGUUACGACCACCCACUUGAAGGCACGCAAGGGUGCACUGCUUUCGAAGCUGCGGAAUGAGCAAGGCAAGGAUCUGCUUUACUUUAUCGACGGUGUCGCAGGAAACCGACCAGUGAUUUUGUGCGGUGAUUUCAACGCCGAGCCCAUCGAACCGAUCUACAGCACAGUUUUGAACUACAAAUCGCUCGGGCUAGCUAGCGCGUAUUCGGAUAUGUUGGCCGAGAGUGAGCCGCAGGACGAAAACAAUCAGAACGCAGAGCUAUCUGCUUUGUACGAACCAUCCUACACCACGUGGAAGAUUCGCGAGGAGGGAGAAGUAUGCCACACGAUCGAUUAUGUGUUCUACUCCAAGGAAAAACUUAAGGUGAAAAAUUGCUUAAUGUUCCCUUCCGGCGAGGAUAUCGGUGUCGAUCGCACUCCUAGCUUCCAAUAUCCAUCGGAUCACUUUUCUCUCGUGUGCGAUAUUGAAUUGAAGCCACCGGCAGAAGCAACCGUUCAACCGGACGUCAAUAGUCCUGCACCGAACCAUCAGCUGUAGUUCUGAUUGGGAUCUAGUUGCAUGUAGUGGAAGGGAUAGCUAGCUGGGAAAGGCGUCAACAUCAUGCAGGCGUGCCUACAUCUCUAUGGUAAUCGGUUUCAGUUCCAUAUUGAAAUUGUCUCAAAAAUCGAUUCACCCUACGGGAAAGAUCGUUCGACUAUCAACGCCUUUUCCACGUUUUGGAUUUUCUUCCAGGUGUGAAUGAGUUUGUGGAAAUUAGUUUUAUUUUUGUGAUAGAUACUGUGAUCGCGUAAGAAAUGCAGUGCAUAAAAGGUGUCAGACACAGGACUAAAUAACAAGAGGGAUAGGGUUUAGGUUAGGGAGUUUAUGUGUUUUUCUUCCUCUACAAAAUGUGGUAUACAUUUUGUAUUUUCUUCUUUUGUCCGAUUAACAUAGACUAAUUCUGCCAUAAUGAGUUAUGUUGAUAGUUUAGUGUUGUAUGUUGUUCCGGGUACGUGGACAAAACGCGAAAAGCAGCAAACACACAAAAUUCCCCCCGAUCGUUCCCCGAUCGUUCAAGGUUACCGCGUAACCUCGCACUAACGCGCAUGGAAGAGAAAAUCGCCAGCAAGAUGAAUUAAAAAUAAAUCCGCUUUUGACCUCCGGCCUGGCCGGGGAGGAAACAAAUAUAUUUAUAACCCGCUACAAUAGCAUUAGGAGGGGGGCAAACUCCCAAUUAACGUGAAGAUUGUAUUAGGAACGGCAGAAAAUUAUAUUUUCAUAUCAACAAGUAACGGCGAUCGCUGAACAUAGAGUAAACCGU